UUCACCCCCCUGCCGUGCCCGACUCCACUCAGGUCGACUACAAGGCCAAUGAGUGGCUGAUGAAGAACAUGGACCCUCUGAAUGACAAUGUGGCCGCCCUGCUGCACCAGAGCACAGACCGGCUGACGGCGGAGAUCUGGAAAGACGUGGAGGGCAUCGUGGGGCUGGAGCAGGUGAGCAGCCUCGGGGAUGGCCCCCCGGGUGGCCGCCCCCGCCGGGGCAUGUUCCGGACCGUGGGACAGCUCUACAAGGAGUCCCUGAGCCGCCUCAUGGCCACACUCAGCAACACCAACCCCAGCUUCGUCCGCUGCAUUGUCCCCAACCACGAGAAGAGGGCCGGGAAGCUGGAGCCCCGGCUGGUGCUGGACCAGCUGCGCUGUAACGGCGUCCUGGAGGGCAUCCGCAUCUGUCGCCAAGGCUUCCCCAACCGCAUCCUCUUCCAGGAGUUCCGGCAGCGGUGA